AAAAGGCCAAGGGAGCUAACAAGUGUGGAAGGUGAACCCUGGCUUUGCUCCUCUUUCUGGGAAGGGGUUGCCCGGCUGUGCUGCCACCAUGUCUUUUCGACUUUCUGGUGGAUCCAGGAGGAUCUGCUCGCGAACUGGGUCUGGUAGGCUGUCCGGUGGAGGAACAGGCUUCGUGGCUGGGAAUGUGUGUGUUGGAUCGGGAGCCGGAAGCAGCUUUUCUUGUACUCUUGGGGGCAUCUCUUCUGGGGGAAGCUUCUGCAAUAGCGGUGGAGGGUUGGGAAGUGGUGCCUGUGCUGUUUUUCUUGGCAAUGAGCACAGCCUCCUCUCUGGGAAUGAAAAGGUGACCAUGCAGAAUCUCAACGACCGCCUGGCAUCCUACCUGGACCAUGUGCAUGCUCUAGAGGAGGCCAACGCAGACCUGGAGCAGAAGAUCAAGGGCUGGUACGAGAAAAGUGAGCCUGGCUCUUCCCGGGGACACGAUCAUGACUAUAGCAGAUACUUCUCAGUCAUAGAAGAUCUUAAAAGGCAGAUUAUUUCUGCGACCAUCUGCAAUGCCAGCAUUGUUCUACAAAAUGACAAUGCCAGACUGACCGCUGAUGACUUCAGGCUGAAGUAUGAAAAUGAGCUGGCUCUGCACCACAGUGUUGAGGCUGACACCAAUGGUCUUCGCAGAGUGUUGGAUGAAUUGACCCUUUGUACAACCGACCUGGAGAUACAGUGUGAGACCCUCAGUGAGGAAUUGACCUACCUCAAAAAAAGUCACGAGGAGGAAAUGGAAGUCUUGCAAUGUACAGCUGGGGGGAACGUGAACGUGGAGAUGAAUGCAACCCCGGGAGUGGACCUAACUGUCCUGUUGAACAACAUGAGGGCUGAGUAUGAGGACAUGGCUGAGCAGAACCGCAAAGAUGCUGAAGCUUGGUUCAACGAGAGGAGUGCAACGCUGCAACAACAGAUUUCCAAUCAUGAGGGAGCAGCCACAGGAGCCAGAAAUGAGCUGACCGAAUUAAAACGCAAUCUGGAAACCCUGGAAAUAGAACUUCAGUCCCUCAUGGCUGUGAAACAUUCCUAUGAAUGCUCCUUGGCUGAGACUGAAGGAAAUUACUGCAAUCAACUCCAGCAAAUUCAGGAUCAGAUAGGGGUGAUGGAGGAACAACUGCAACAAAUUCGAACUGAAACUGAAGGCCAGAAGCUGGAGUAUGAACAGCUUCUUGAUGUAAAAAUAUUUUUAGAAAAAGAAAUUGAAAUUUAUUGCAACUUACUAGACGGAGAAGAAAGAAAAAGCAAAUCCACAUGUUACAAAUCAAAAGGAUACAGGCCUGUGAAUUCUGGAAAUCAAGCCAAAGACUCAACAGAAGAAACUAUUUUUAAAACAGUGGUUGAGGAACUGGAUCAAAUUGGCAAUCUCCUUUCACUGAGAGUCCACUCAGUUGAAGAAAAGUCCUCUAAAAUAAGCAACAUUACAGUAGAGCAACGAGUACCUUCUAAAGCACCAUAAUGAGGAAAAAGUUAUUUGGAAAGAAAGAAAGAGAGAGACAGAGAAAGAAAGAAAGGCUGCCUUUGCAAAAAUCCUACUGGUCAAAUAACCUAAGGAAAUUAUUCAUUUCUGUUCUUAAAAGGGCUAGAAUUUGUUCUCCUUCUCUUCCUUUUCUCAUGUUCUAUGCAUGUAAUCCUUUUCCAGAGUAGAAAAAUCCUGCUCUGUUCCUAAUUUUUGUUUUUAUUUUGGGGGUCUUUUUUGACAUUUCAUUAAAAAUUCUUCUAUUGCAAGUUAUU